GGUACAUAAAUUUAAGAGACAAUAAGGUACCUCCUACGUAUACGAAUAUCAUACUGCUGCAGAAUCAACAUCCUCCAGCGGGAGCUGGAGAUGACGAUAAGCCCGUCACAUCUCAACUAUCCAAGCGUGUUUUACUAGCCACCUACAUACAUUACAGUACACACAGCUACAGGCUCGCGCACACACGCACGCACACGCACUUGUCAUAGUUUAGUAGAUCCAUCCAUUUCCAUGACGGGAGACGCUACGGCACGAUCUCCAAGUCCACUAACCCUGGGCGACCCACUCAUUACAGGUGUCAAUUGGCAUCAACACCAGCCUCCAACUUCAGCUCCGGCUCCAACUUCACCAACAAAAAGCCCAGGUUCAAGUCAAACCCCCGAUCCCGAUCCCGGACCCGGGCCCAGAUCCCGACGCCUCCAAUGCCUUCUCGAUAGCAUGCUACCCCCUACCGACGACGAGACGCCGCUCCCCUCGUUAGACCACUCGGCCCUUCAUGGCUUCGGUCGUUCUCAUCUUUCCCCUGACGAUGCCUUUGUGUCGCCUCCUCGAGGGCCGCGAGGCCGGAGUCGAAGACGUAAACGCCCAUGGAAGAAGCUGAUGUGGGUUAAGCAAUCGUACCCCGAUAACUACACCGAUCAAGCGACCUUCCUCGAGAAUCUCCAGCGCAACCCUCGUCUCAAGCCAUAUGACUUCUGGCCACUCGUCGCUGACUCUACGGUCAUACUACAGCACGUCUGUUCAGUCAUAAUCUUUGUUGUUUGUUUUGUCGGCAUAUUUCAGGAGCGCGUGUCUCCUGUUGCUGUCACAAGCUGGAGCAGCUUCGCUACGUUUGUAGGAUGGAUCCUCUGGGAACGUUGGCUAUCAGAAAUUGAAGACACGGAUGAUCCGAGUCUUGGCGUGGCAGCGAAUGUGAUGGGAAGGGCCGGUCGGACUGGAAGUCUAAGGCGACCAACCCGCACGGGCAGUAUCCGGCGUCCACCUCCGCUCCGGGUCGAGUCGGCGCCGUCUACCGCCGCACCAUCUGCUGUCGCUUCGGCUGCGAGUUCGACAACCAACCUGCAUGCGCCUAGCACGAUGCAUCGAGCCCAGUCUGCUUCAACGACCUCCCUGGCCAGUGGUAUCGCACACACUCCACGAGCGAGUCAAGAACAUCUCCCCGAACUACCACCGCCCCUCCUGGCAGAAGAAAAUCGAUACCGACAGAGGAUGGAGACAGUCAAGUCCGCGAUUCUUAUCUAUUGCACGCUCCUUGGGCUGAGUCCCAUUCUCAAGUCGCUAACGCGAUCAACAUCAAGCGACAGCAUCUGGGCUAUGUCCUUCUGGCUUCUCGCGAUCAAUAUCUUCUUUUUUGACUACUCUGGAGGUGUAGGUGCCAAGUUUCCAGCAUCGCUGUCCACAAAUGCUGCUUUGAUGGCAUCAACUGUACUCGCCAGCCGACUACCAUCGACCAAGCAGGUGUUCAGUCUGACACUCUUCAGCAUCGAGGUGUUUGGGUUGUUUCCAGUAUUCCGACGCUAUGUACGACAUCGAAGCUGGCGCUUCCAUAUCCUCUCUGCCAUUCUGCUGGUAUUAGGUGCAAGCUUCGGAGUCGGCCUAAUACUGGGAUACGAUAAGAACACAGUUGGAUGGCCGUGGAAGAGUGGACUAGUGGGCAUGAUUGUUGGAGUGCUCAUUGCCAUACUGGCUACAGGAGGCUGCAGCUGGUGGCUGAUAGGGCUUCAGAAGUACAAGAACGAGAUACGGGGACCGUGGGAUCCCGCGAGACCCAUUAUCAUGAAUCGGCCUCGAUGGGACGAUGAUUCAUGAGGUGAUGUGUUUUUAGGCAUAUAAUUAUUAGAACCUACAUUGCUUGUUAAUGUAUUUAGACCUGCAUUUACUGUCCUAGUAUUUCCACCCUAGUGACUACGUGAUGGAAUUUUCAGCGGAAAGUCGCUGUCAUUUUUGAAGACAAGACCUCUGUUUGUAUCAUUUAAAAGGAACGGCACAUGAGUCCCGCUGUAUAAGCAAUUGCCAA